AUGGGGUUCCAGAAGAUUCCGGUCGAUAAUCCCAUCGUGGAGAUGGACGGAGAUGAAAUGGCACGGGUCAUCUGGUCCAUGAUCAAAGACAAGCUCAUUCACCCCUUCUUGGAUCUCAGAAUCAAGUACUUCGACCUGGGCCUGCCUCACCGCGAGGCCACCAACGACCAGGUCACGAUUGAGAGCGCGCAAGCAACGCUCAAGUAUAAUGUUGCUGUCAAGUGUGCGACAAUCACUCCUGACGAAGAGAGGGUGCGGGAGUUCGGUCUCAAGGCCAUGUGGAAGAGCCCCAAUGGCACCAUCCGCAACAUACUGAAUGGCACUGUGUUCCGGGAACCAAUUCUCAUCCGCAACAUUCCCCGCCUCGUGCCCUCAUGGACACACCCCAUAGUAAUAGGCCGGCAUGCCUUUGGGGAUCAGUACCGAGCCACGGAGAUGGCCAUUCCCGGCCCUGGCAGGCUCAAGCUCGUCUAUGAGACCCCUCAAGGCACCAGUCAAGUGCUGGACGUGUAUCAGUUCACAUCGCCCCAAUCUGCUCCUGCUGCUGCUGGCGGUGUGGCUCUUGCCAUGUACAAUACAGAUGAGUCCAUCAGGGCAUUCGCAGAGUCAUCCAUGGCCAUGGCCUACCAGAAGCGGUGGCCGCUGUAUCUCAGCACCAAGAACACCAUCCUCAAGACCUACGACGGCAGGUUCAAGGACAUCUUUCAAAGUGUCUAUGAGAGCAAGUGGAGGAAGAGGUUUGAGGCAGCGGGGGUGUGGUAUGAGCACCGGCUGAUCGAUGACAUGGUGGCAUUUUGUCUCAAGAGCCCGGGGGCGUUUGUGUGGGCGUGCAAGAACUAUGAUGGAGACGUGCAGAGCGACAUGCUGGCACAGGGGUUUGGAUCUCUAGGCCUCAUGACCAGCAUUCUGGUGUGUCCGGAUGGGAAGACAGUGGAAGCGGAGGCAGCACAUGGAACAGUGACACGGCACUACCGCGUGCACCAGAGGGGAGGAGAGACCAGCACCAACAGCAUUGCCUCCAUCUUUGCGUGGUCCAAGGGACUUGCCCACCGCGCCUCUCUAGACGGCAACAGCAGGCUCGCAGCGUUCUGCAAUCAGCUGGAGGCGGCGUGUGUUGAAACGGUGGAGAGCGGUGGAAUGACCCGGGACCUGGCCCUACUGGUGCAUGGAAACAAAGUCUCGCGCACAGACUAUCUCAACACGGAGGAGUUCAUAGAUGCAGUUGCUGCCUGCCUUAGACAACGCCUGUCAGGUGGAGGGGAAGGGUUUGAUGGGCGAAGUCGGAUAGCAACGAAAUCGCGCCUGCUUCUGCUUCCACACACGGUCGAUCAUCGCAAACUCAUGCUCAUCAUUAGUAUCCUCGUCUUCAUCCUCGCUCGUCGUACCUCCCUUCGCGGCGAAAUGGCUCUUGUGGUAUUUCGCGAAAUGGCUUCCCUGACGCUGAUGGCGGCGGUUGCCCUCACGGCCGCCACUCUCCUCGCCGCUCUUCCCGCCGCGAGAGCCGCGAGAGUGGAUUACAGCAAGAGCGGGCUCGACUGGGAGGGCGUGUGCGCGUCAGGCGAGAGCCAGUCGCCAAUCAACAUUGUGAUGGACGAGGCAACGACGGUGAACACACCAGAGAAGUUUGCUCUUCAAUAUGACUCCGCGCCCACCACUGCCACCGUCGUCAACAAGGGCUACACCGUCCAGGUGAUUCCCAACCCAUCUAACACCUACAAGCUGCACAUCGCGAGCGGCACCUACACCUUGAAGCAGGUGCACGUGCACGCCUUCUCAGAGCAUGCCGUCAACGGGCUGUUCGCGCCCGUGGAGGCGCACUUCGUGCACGCCCACACCGACGACCCCUCCAGGCUGGCUGUUGUGGGCGUCAUGCUCCGCCUGCAGCGCGACGACCAUGCCAGCCCUUGGGUCAACACGUGGCUGGGCAGCACCCCCUCAGAGGUGAACGGGACAGCGACAAUUGACAUCCCCAGGAACUUCUGGAGGCAGAUGGUGGAUGUGUCCAUGGGAUUCUGGCGCUACCCCGGCUCGCUCACGACGCCGGGCUGUGAUGAGAUCGUGGAGUGGCAUGUGCUGCGCAAGGCCCAGUUUCUAUCCGUUGCCCAGACUGCUACAUUCAUGAAUCUGAUCGCCAGCAUGAACAAGGAGCGCACCAACAACCGCAUGCCCGAGCCGCUGAAUGGUCGGGAGGCCCACAUGGAUCGCAGACCAAUUCUAGCCGUUCUAUUACUCGCGCUAACAUCCAGCGUACACGCAUGGAACUACGUCAAGAGCGGCCAAGAUUGGACGGGUGCUUGUCAAACGUCCCGCGCGCAAUCGCCGAUUAACAUCGAGCCGUCGAUGGCGAUAAAGGGCAAGGACAAUCGCUUCCUCAACAUCAGCUACGCCCUCAGCAAAUCGCUCACCGUCUCCAACUUCGGCUUCACAGGAGGGGUGCAACCGCAAGCUGGCACCGAUAAUUUCAUGUACACGUCCACGGGCAAGUUCCGUCUGCUCGGCAUUCUGCUGCGCGCCACGUCGGAACACACCAUUCUCGGCGCGCCCGCGCCGCUCGAGGCGCACUUCGUGCACGAGCACGUUGAAAAUCCCGCGAAGGGCGCCAUCAUCUCCGUGAUGAUUGUGAUUCAAAAGAACAACGUCCGAAACCCGUGGCUCGACAAGUGGCUGCCAUAUGUUCCCAAGACCGUGAACACGUCGGUUUCCGUGCCCGCAACGACAAACUUCAAGGAGGCACUGAACGUGAAGUACGGCUUCUGGUACUACCACGGCUCGACCACUUACCCGCCGUGCGCGCCCAACAUCGAGUGGUUCAUCCUCAAGCGCGGCCUCUACGGCUCUGUCGAGCAGGUCGAGAGUUACAUGAACCUGCUCGCCGCAUCCAGCGGUCAGCGCACCAACAACCGUCUCCCCAGGCCAAUCAACGGUCGUAGGAUCAUCUCUGGCAACAUGCAAGAGCUCCACGCUCAAGCCCCGAGGCACUCGGACAAGGCAGAGCAGAAAGAACGGCGUGAGUCCAAAUCGCCACCACAGGAGUCGACGCUGUCGCGAGAUGCAGCGGCUCUGAGGAGCAGCAAGGCUCCCACCCCUUCCGCAGGCACUCCCCUUCCACGCGCCACCUCAGCUCCUGUGUCUGCCUCUUCCACGCAUUCUUCUAAGGAGAAACCAGUUGUUGCAAAGCCGGGCAGCAAGAGCCUGGCAGAGCUUGUGAGGGAUACGGAUCUGGAGCCUGAUGAGGAGGUUUCUAGGUAUGGCGAGAUGAAGGGGUAUGUUGAGGCUAUGGCGAAGGCUCGCUCUCCUGGGAAGGGUGCUGCUGAGGGUGGGAAGGAGGGAAAAGGGAGCAGCAGCGGUGAUGUUUUGAAGACGGAGGGGAUGCACGCCAUUCCAGAUGAGGAGGUCAAGGAAAUCUUUGGCGGAGAGAAGAAGCGGGAGGAGCCUCGCGAGGGCGAGUACGGAUACGGAUCUCGCGGAACAGCUCCAGGGGAGCCAGAAUACGGUGGCCACGGACAGCAGCGUCGCCACGGGCACGAGUACGAGAGGGAGACGCCCGGAUACGGCGGCGGUUCUACCGAACGCUCGGGAUACUCCGGUGUGACGGGUCGCGAGAGAGGCACGGAGUAUGGCGGCACGGGCUCGACUGGUGGUGAAACUGGCUAUGGAACGUUCUCCGGUGCUGAAGGCGGCGGUUUAGGCGGACGUCAUCAUCAUGGCACUCGCGAAGAGACGACUGGCUAUGGUGGAACGACGGGAUACGGAGAGACGACUGGGGAAGGUACAACUGGAUAUGGCGGCACGACUGGGGGAGGUACAACUGGAUAUGGCGGCACGACUGGGGGAGGUACAACUGGAUAUGGUGGCUCCACUGGUGGAGGCACAACUGGGUACGGAGAACGUCAUGGGGAGCGCGGAUACGGGGAGCGCGGAUACGGGGAGCGCGGAUACGGGGAGCGCGAACACGGGGAGCGCGGAUACGGGGGACACGAGGAGCGUCCUGGAGGUCGUGGAUAUGGUGAAGAACGAGAGACCGAGGAAGAGGAACAACAGAAGAUGCGCAAGGAGUACGAGGGGCACAAGCGCGGAGAGCGCAUCGGCGAAGCGAUUGCUGCUGGUGCUGCAGCAUACGCAGGUCACGAACGCCACGAGGGGAAGGAGGACGAAAGGGAUAUCAAGGAGAGGCAGAGGGAGGCGGAGGGAGGCCACAAGAAACAUGGCUGGUUUGGCUAG